CCUCCUCUAUCGAAACACGGUAAAUAUGAUUUGCAGUUCCUUCAAAAUGUUUGUUUUGUGUUUCGCCUUUGUUUCUUUCCUUCACUCUGACUCCGUUCAGAGUGUGAGAAUUUGCGGAAAACGAUUAGCUGAUUUGUUGCAUUUCAUGUGCCAACACUAUGGAGGAUUUCAUUCGCCGGCAGCUAAGAAAUCAAUUUUGUUCUCCCGACGAGAAGCGGUACAGGAAUUCUCAGUAGAAGACGGUCAACUUUCAACUGCUAUUGACUCUGGUGUGGUAGACGAAUGCUGCCGAAAACAAUGCACUGUGGCCACACUUAUUUCCUAUUGUGCUGACGGUCAGUAUUUAGGAAAUUUGGAACGACUUUCUGAACUGGAAAACCUGUUUUCAUCUAACGCAGAGUCUGCUAGAGAAAAUCAGAUGGAAGAGGAAAUCCCCUCGGAGGCAUCUACUGCAAACCGAGAAAUGCAGCACCAUGUAAACACAGCAAUGAUUUCCGAUCGUCCAAAUCUCGGCACAUCCACAAGAAAUAGGCCAGUUUUCAUAGUUUUACCUCAAGUUCAAGAAGUUCCCAGCAGUGACAUGUCGACAGAAGAUAACAGUGAAAAUAGUUUGUAACUUGC